AUGAUGGGUAGGCCUAGCCGGAAACGCCCGCGGGAGCUGGAAAGCAAGACAUGUGCAGCGCGGCUACAGGCUAGUAGUACACCGUCUUACCCCUUCGGCGCCUGCCCUAACAGCGAUCUUGCCUCUCUGGUAGUUGGCAGACAUGGUGGCAAAGUCAAACCUGCCAGUGGUGAUGGUGCCGACGAAAGCACAGCGCCAACGGCGGUGGUACAGGGCGUGUGGGGACGGGUGAGCGAAGCAGACAUCGCUGAUCUUCCGCCGGCGCUGAGCGUAGGGGUGAACGUCGAGAUCGAUGAAGGCGGGGUGGCAUGGCUGAUAAACACUUCUUCUCAAGGUCAUCCGUCUUCUGGUUGUAUGACCCAUGAUGGAAGCAUAGAAUGCGUGCCAGAGACCCAGGAAUGUUGUGACUCGACGCCCUUGCAACGCUUGGCAGCGGAAGCAACGCUAGCUCCCGAACCAAGGGUCCCCGCACGUCGCCACAGGGGCGGUGGGCUGCAGGCGGAGAGCGAAACCUCAUCAAACGUGCUAUUCGGCGCUCGUGAGGUAUGUCUGCACGAGCAGCUUUCGAGUGUGAAACGGGAUUUCGACGAGAUACCCGCAGCGGUGUUCAAGCGCGCGCGAAGCGCCUGCAACCCUGCGGAGGCUCUUGGUAGAGGUUCGUUCCUCAACCGCUCCGCCAUGAAGCUCGCCAACAUCGACGCCAUCGUCGGCGGACUACUAACGCUUCCAUGUGGGGGUUCCCAUGAGCAGGGCCUCGGAGAGGAAGGCAAACCGGCGGCGCUUGACAAAGGAUGCCACGUUGAACCGCAGCAACCCAAGACACCACACCCAAGUCUACCGGCAGCACCGCCAUUGCUGUUCGCCGAUUUGUGCGGAGGUCCCGGAGGUUUCUCGGAGUACUUGCUGCGAAGGCGGCGGAAGCUUGGUCUGCCCGCGCGGGGGUGGGGCAUUUCACUCCUACGGGUGGGCGAUAAGAGCGACAGAGGCAACAAUAAUGAUGACGAUGCAGUUCGGGUUCACGGUAGUCCGUCGACUAUGAAGGUGGGCGUCAACGAUGGCAAAGACCACUGCCGCAUCUCUGCGCUUCCAAAAGAUGAACAAAACGGGGACCCUAGCACGAGGAAAGGUGAUAGCAGCGUGCAAGAGGGUCCAUCGCGCGGGGGUGAAGAACAGAGUGAAUCUCGCCGAACCAAGAAAAAGGAGGUGGAGGACCCUUGUGCAUGGCGGUUGGACCACCUGAAACCCUGGUGCCGUGUGGCGGUUUCGACGGCAGGAACGGGAGAUGAAACGCCUCUCACACGUACCACGGUUUCAGGUGGAGACGACGGACAUAAGCAUGCAACAACUACCACGGCCGCAGGGCCCGCCUUGCUGGAGAUGAAUAUAGACUACGGCCCGAACGGAACGGGAGACUUGACCGACGUGGCCAACAUCCAAGGGUUCGUGGAAGCUAUCGUGGCGUCGACAGGGGGGCAAUACCUUGACUUGGUCGUGGCGGACGGUGGGUUCGGGGCGGCAAGGGAUGCCUUGCAGCAAGAGGGGUUGCUGUCGCCGCUCGUGCACGCUGAGGCUUUGACGGCACUGCUAUUGCUUCGGGAAGAGGGGUCGUUUGUUUGCAAGCUGUUCGAGUGCUGGACGGAAUCGACGGCUGCACUUCUGUACCUACUGCACCGCAAGUUCCGACGAAUCGCAAUCGUCAAGCCCAUCACAAGCCGUCCCGCCAGCGGUGAGCGCUACCUGGUCUGCAUGGGAUUUUUGCCACCUCUACCAUCGGCGGCAGGGUGCCCCUUCACAGAUGCACUCCGUGUCAAGGUGCAAACACUGCAAAUCAUUGAACGGCGCCUUUCUGAUCCCGUUGAUGAGCCGACUGUGAAGGACCCCGGGGAGCUGGAUUCUUCGGUUGAUGGCGCGAUCGCUGUUGGCGGCAGUCGUGAAGGCAACGAUGAUGCUGACGGCAACCGGUUGGGUGUGGCUGCUAUAGGCAUAGAGGCCGACAUGAAACAGGACGCGAGCUUCUUGGCGUACUUCAGGUUUGCAAACAACCGACUCGCGAACCUGCAGGUUGAGGCUUGCGCCCGAAUCAUCGGUAUAGCGUCCACCAAACGGGGGCGCGCGUGGGCUUUCCGAGACAGCAACAGUAGCAGAAACGCAAAUCACGCGGGCGGCGUCGAGCCUUGGGGCCGCUUUGCGGUGGGCCAAGCUCCCCAAGAACCUACCGGGACGGCGGCCACUGCUGGUGGACAUUCAAGGAAAGAUGGUACGCGUAGCGGGGGCGAUUGGGAAGUGGACGGCAGCGGCCGUCAAGACUAUCGUAUGACAGACGGCGUCUGCAGCAGUGCCGGCGCAGCAGGGGGAGAAGGGGAGGAGGCCGACGAUGGUGAUGCAGCAGCCGUGGAGUGUUUUAGGCGGGCGUGGGGCCUGGACGGGCUGUGACAUGGUUGCCAUCUCGACGAAGAAUCGGUAAAGAAGGCCUGGAACUUCCGUGUUGCAUGUUAGAAGGAAAGACUACAGAACUCGGAUGGCUUGUGUGCACUAAGGUUUUUGGUCACUUCGGCUAGUACAUGAAGCAAAAGGCGUGGAUUUCGCUAAAAUCCGCUCAUCAGAUCGGGAAGCAUUCAAGGUCAAGUCUACUUGACUGUUGGUUUUGGACAUGGCGAUUCGUGCUCAACCGUGUACAUGUCGUUCGGGCAGGGACGGGCCGGGGAGAGCUGAACCGCCUGUUUGUUCCUUGUCCCAAGAUUUUUCGACUUCCCACACUUCUCGCCUUCCGGCGUAAUUAUCGACCU